CCGUUAUUCUUCCACACCAUAGAAGAAGAUGUCUGUCGCGUUUCCUUUGUUGUGAUGAAUUCUUUAUUAUAAAAGAAGAAGAAGAAGACAACAUUUCGGAUUUAUAUUUAACCAGGAGCGGAUUAGUCGUAUUUGUAAUAAAUAAAUCUACAUCUAUCGUUGGCUAUAAUGAGUGGAGGAGUGUAUGGUGGGGACGAGGUCGGUGCACUGGUGUUUGAUAUCGGCUCCUACUCGGUGAGGGCUGGUUAUGCUGGAGAGGACUGCCCCAAGGCUGACUUCCCUACCGUGAUUGGAGUGACUGUGGACAGGGAAGAUGGCACUACUCCGAUGGAAACAGAUGGGGAUAAGGGCAAGCAAAGUGGAACGACGUACUACAUCGACACCAAUCAGCUCAGGGUGCCACGAGAAAACAUGGAGGUCAUGUCACCUCUUAAAAAUGGCAUGAUUGAAGACUGGGACAGCUUUCAGGCCAUUUUGGAUCACACCUACAGAAUGCACUUCAAAUCUGAGCCUAGCUUGCAUCCCGUACUGAUGUCAGAAGCCUCUUGGAACACACGAGCUAAGAGGGAGAAGCUGACAGAGCUUAUGUUUGAACAUUACAACAUCCCUGCUUUCUUCUUGUGUAAAACAGCUGUCCUGUCUGCAUUUGCAAAUGGACGAUCCACUGGUUUGGUGUUAGACAGUGGUGCGACGCACACAACUGCUAUUCCAGUGCAUGAUGGUUAUGUCCUGCAACAAGGCAUUGUCAAGUCCCCACUCGCAGGUGACUUCAUGAGCAUGCAGUGUAGAGAGCUGUUUCAGGAAUUAAGCGUCGAAAUCAUUCCCACAUACAUGAUUGCAUCAAAGGAUUCAGUACGGGAAGGAUCACCAGCCAGCUGGAAGAAGAAAGAGAAAUUACCUCAAGUUACUCGCUCAUGGCAUAACUACAUGUGUAACACUGUUAUUCAAGAUUUCCAGGCCUCCGUCCUGCAGGUUUCGGAUUCCCCUUAUGAUGAACAGGUGGCUGCUCAGAUGCCGACUGUUCACUAUGAGCUACCUAAUGGCUACAACUGUGACUUUGGAGCUGAACGACUGAAGAUUCCCGAGGGGCUUUUUGACCCUUCUAAUGCAAAGGGGCUGUCUGGAAACACCAUGCUGGGAGUAGGCCAUGUUGUGACCACCAGUGUCGGCAUGUGUGACGUUGAUAUCCGACCAGGUCUGUAUGGCAGUGUAAUAGUUACUGGAGGAAACACUCUUAUCCAAGGAUUUACAGACAGACUAAACAGAGAACUCUCUCAGAAGACACCACCGAGUAUGCGCUUGAAGUUAAUAGCCAACAACACGACCCUGGAGCGCAGGUUCAGUGCAUGGAUAGGAGGCUCUAUCCUGGCAUCACUGGGAACCUUCCAACAAAUGUGGAUUUCCAAGCAGGAGUAUGAGGAAGGAGGGAAGCAGUGUGUAGAGAGGAAGUGCCCUUGACCAACUCCAGCAGCUUUUUUUUUGCCUUUUUGAUUCUUUAAAAAAAAAAAAAAAAAAGAGCUUCUGGUAGAACAGGCCUUCUUAGUGGACUCAGGAACAUAAAGGACACUUGUACCGAAAUAAUACAAAAACUAGUUCUGCUUUCUAAUUACAUGUCUUUUGAUUUUAUAACUCUGUAAUAAUUGUCAUGGUUGCGCUCUUUUCUAUACUCGUGUUUUUGUGUCACAUUUGGCAGUUCAGAGAAAAGAUUCAAUUCUGUAUUUUAGAUAAUGAUGGUGUUAUUUGGCACAUAUACAAGUAAACUCUGGUCCUCUAUCCUUCAAGUUGGCUGCAGAGAAAAUUAUCAAAGUAAAGAAAGCAAUAUAUAUAUAUGGUAAACCCCUUGUGUUUUUAAUCAGUGAUUGGCCAUUUUCAAAAUAAAGGUUUUUUUUGUGA